UCUGCCAUGUCGCAUCUUUUGGCCAGUAACCUGGUGACCAUCACAAUCGGUGAAACUCAGAGGCUAGUAAAAUCCACUUGCUUGAGGCAAGGGGCCUGCAUGCUGGCGCGUCUUGAGAUAUUAAAGGUGUUCGAUGAACUAUUGCCAAUAUACACCGGGUUUGCUUCGAAAUCCACUCUUUCAUACAUUCACCGAUGGCCGCUCUCGUCUCCAGGCGUGGAGUUGCACGACAGCGAAGAUUUUUGCUGCCAACCAGAGUCCGGAUUCCUCUGA